AUGAAAUAUUCCAAAGUACGUCCGAGCUGCUUUACAUUCUUUGAUUUGUGUGCUUUAUUUCAGUGUUUUCGGGCACUGUGCUGUAAAGGACCCCCUCCACCAAGACCAGAAUACGAUGUGGUGUGCAUUGGGCUAACAGGUGCUGGAAAGACCAGCUUGCUCUCGCGGCUCUGCAGCGAGGGCAGUGACGGCAUCGUUCCUACGACAGGUUUCAGCAUCAAGGCAGUGCCAUUUCCAAAUGCCAUCUUAAAUGUAAAAGAACUUGGAGGAGCUGACAACAUCAAGAAAUAUUGGAGUCGUUACUACCAGGGGUCACAGGGUGUAAUCUUCGUACUGGAUAGCGCAUCAUCAGACGAGGACCUUGAAGCAGCGCGGAAUGAGCUCCACUCGGCUCUGCAGCACCCUCAGCUCUGCACGCUGCCCUUCCUUAUUCUUGCCAAUCACCAGGACAAGCCUGCAGCAAGAGCGCCAAAUCAGAUAAAAAAAUACUUUGAGCUGGAGCCUCUGGCGCGUGGAAAGCGUUGGAUCCUAGAAGGCAGUGCCACCAACGACAUGGAGGCAGUGAAGGAGAGUUUUGGUCAGUUCAUCAACCUGUUGGAGGACAAGGAAACGGAGCCCGCGAGGAUAUGAUGCUAACACACGUUAGUGGUUUUCGACUGCCACAUCCUGCCGGUGCCCACGUCCACACACCCGAGCAAGCGUAGACACAAACACACCGAAAACGCAACAGAUGUCGGCCACUCUUUGUGAUGAAUAUUGUAUGUUGUCCUCCCUCUGCCGCGGCCUCAGUUUUCACAUCGGAAGAGUGAGCCGGAGCAUCAGUCAAGCAGUGCAGACUGACAGAAGAGAGCCACCUUUAAAACCACCCAGGCACAGAGAAAAGUCCCUGGAGUCUGCCAACAGUAAAAACAUUGUUUACUACUGUUUGUGCCAUUGUGAUAUGAUCAAAGGCACUCAGGACAUUUAGCAAUUCUGUAGUCAGCAUUUAACACUAACACACUCUCUUAAACGAGCACACACACAGACAGACAUGAAACUGAGCGGAGCCCACAUUGAUAUGUUUAGCAUCUCCACCUAUUGCUUUGCAGGAUGUUUGAGUGAGAACGGCUGAUUUUCUUUUCCAUUGAGAAGUACGGCACUGCUGUUAAGUGUGCUUCUCCCUUUGACUCUCCAACAACACAUGCUGUUGUGUGACCGGAGUGCAUAGUGUUAAGCCCUGCCUUCUGUACGGUAGUUACUUGUAAUCUGAGUAGCCUAGGCUGAGUAUCUCAUGGACUAUUAUGUACAUGCAAACAAGCAUUUUGCUGUGUAACCAUACACAAGUACAAACUACUAACUGACUGACUGAGAGCAACAUUGGGAGAAUGUCUGAAAGCCUUUUAUAAAUGUGCUAUUUAGGUUAUACUUUAUAGCUAAUGUAUAUUAACCUCAUAAAGCAAUGUUCUGAUUAUUUUUUUUUUUAUAUAUAUAUUUGUCUGUCUCAAAUCAAAGACCAAAAAACAGAAGAAAAGAAAACAAGAUGAUUGAUUGGGGCACAACAUGGAGCAUUGUGAUGAAUUUUGUCUUUGUAGUGUUGACCAAUGUCAGGUUUCUUUCAUUUUUACUGUAUUUCUUUUCCUUUCCUUUCUUAUGUGACACAACCUCAACAACACUGGCUGGUGACUGCAGUUUCCCAUCAGGCCGGAAUAUAAACUAUCAAUCAGCCGCAGCAACAGCUGCAUCUGACAAGUCCCUGUCCGACACCCUAAUGCUUUCCAACUGUCUGGAGACCCCCCUCCAACCCCCUGUCUGCUGUUUAUCACGCAUACACCCCCCACCUCGUCCCGAGCAGAUCAAACUGUGCUCCACUUUCCCGUCGCUGCUCCAUGAGCUUUUUUAUCCUCAGAUGCCGUUUCAUGUGGACUCCAUACCAUUUAGGACGAGUCGCCUUCAUUGUGCCACAGGUGUUGGUGUUAUCUCCAAGAAUGAAAAAAAAAUCUGGUUUGUUUAUUUAGUUGUCAUUGUUUUUCUUAGGUUUUUAGAGUUUUGAUUACUCCUUGUACCUGAUAGGAAAACUGAGUGAAAUUGUCUGCUUGAAUGCAAAAACGGAUCUUUAAAUCAGGGAUUAAACCAGAAUUGGACUUUUUUUUUAUGUCGUCUGCUCACAACAAUCAUAAAUAUGUGCAUUCAGCUGUGCAUUGUGUCCAACGUUAAAAUUAAACUUUUAAAAUUUAAAACAAA